AUGGGAGGCAGCAAAAAGUUGGUCACAGAGAAGCAUGGCGCGAGAGUGGGAGCGGUUGGCAUACAGACGUUCCAGAUUGCUCUAGGCUUCGCUGGCGGUGAGGGCAACAUCAAUUUAGGGCAUGAGAGUAUCGCCGACGGAGGCCAGAAUGGCAUGAAAGAUGAGGCGGUUUUGACGAUUCCAGUGCUUGUAGGAUUCAAACGUCUUGUCUGCCGGAGAAACGCUAGAUGCCGUCGAUGUGGGAUAAGAUAUCAUAUCCAAAGAGCAAUGAUGUGA